UUGCUGUCUACUGAAUGAUCCAAUGAUGUAUGAAGAUGCUGUUGGUCAGCAUCAACAAACGAAAAGCAAUCGUUCAUUGACCACCACCACGCCACCGCCAGCACCACUGCAGUCUACAGCAUCAGUACAGCCACUGAACAAAGCCAUAUUUAAUUAUAAUAGUGAUACGAAGCACAGAAUGAAUGAAUACUUACAGAGUGAGUAUACCGCGAGGAUGUGUUAUACGGACAAUGAUGAUCCACCACAGAAACGUCCACGUCGAUGUAAUACAAAUAACACCACUCAUCAGGAAAAUAACUGUGUCAGUGCUAAUAAUAAUAAUAAUAAUAACAAUAAUAAUAAUAAUAGUAAUAAUAAUGGUAACAACGGUAGUACUCAAAACUCUGUAUUUAAGUCUCAAGUCAUGUCUACACAUCUGACAAACAAUACAGACUGCUACUUCGAUAAUCACAGUCAACAUAAUUUUAAGUCUACAAUCUCUACAGAUGCAGCACAGCUGCCAUAUGAUAUAUGGGUAACAGAAUUACAAAAACAACAGCAACACCAAGAAUAUUCAGAACAAACAUAUCCAUCUGUCUACCAAGAAAAAACCAACAAACUAUUGAAUUACAGAGGUUCCAAGUAUUCAGUGUACAAUGAGUGUUCCAAGGAGAAUGAAAAUCAUAUUUCGACACCACAAUGGGCACUUCUAAAUUUAGAUGCGAAUGCUCAGACUCAUAAUCAACAUCCACAUGACUAUCCUAUACAGUCUCACUCGUUAAUCAACAAUUCAACAGCUAUAUCAGAUGGAACAGCAACACUACUACCACCACCGCCUGAGACAAUCGCAAAAAAAGGAUUCACCGCCCUACAUUUGGCUGCUAAACGUGGUCAAGCCAAAGUGGCGAGACAAUUGAUUCAAGCACAACCUAAAAGUGUCAAUGCCACUGGUCAGAACGACUUAACUCCAUUGCAUGUAGCUACACAUUAUAAUCGUCUACCUGUUGUACAAUUACUGCUUGAUAAUGAUGCACAAGUUGACUGUCGUGCUGGUAAUGGUUAUACAGCAUUGCAUAUGGCUGCCAAACAAAAUCACUUAGAUAUAGCAACACUGUUGCUAGCACACGAAUCUGAUCAGAUACAAAUAGCCAAUGCAUCUUCACGUAGCGGAUUCACACCGUUGCAUUUAGCUGCACAAGAAGGUCAUACAGAUAUGGUUUCGUUAUUAUUACAACAUGGAGCUGAUCCAAAUCAUCAAUCCAAGAACGGUCUUGCGCCGUUACAUUUAGCCGCUCAAGAAAAUCAUGUUUCAGUGGCGCAGAUUCUAAUAUCAGCUGGUGCAGAGGUUAGCCCACUAACAAGAGCUGGUUAUAGCCCAUUACAUACUGCCUGUCAUUUUGGACAGAUCAAUAUGGUGCGGUAUUUGCUAGAUCUACCCAAUGCACCAGAUAUCGACCAACGCACUCAAAUGGGCUUUACACCAUUACAUUUAGCUGCACAACAGUGUCAUUCACAAGUUGUUCGUCUUCUCUUAGAGAUGGGUGCUGAUAGUAAUGUCAGAAAUCAGCAAGGUUUAACACCUGCGCAUAUAGCACGUAAACAACACUAUGUAACUAUCUUUGAUAUUCUGAAAACUGUGACUACAACUGUGGUUAGUUGGGAAGAAGAACGUGAAGAAUUUGAUCAAACUUUACUGUUGGAACAUCCAGAUUUCAUGCGUGAACAUGUCUUCACUGAACUAGAUGAAGACGGUAUUGUUCCGUCACCGGCAGUUUCACAUAAAAUACCCAAUAAGAAACAAAAGUCGAUGAGAAAAAUCAAACGGGUCUUUUCAGUACAACAUUUGAUAACACAAUGUUGUCUGGAAUUGAGAAUGACGAUAUAUGGGGCCAGUUGGAAUUACGCUGGUUCAUUCGAGGAGUUACGUGAUAAGUCAAUUCAUCGAAUAUUAACAUACGAUCUACCACAAUAUUUUGCAUUGGUUACACGUGUUAAACAAGAGCUAAUUCUUACCGGUCCAGAGGGUGGUACACUGACAUCUAGUGUCAUACCUGAAGUGCAUGUACGUUUUCCUCCAGGUGCUUUACAGAAACGUAUACGUGUUGGUCUUCAAGUUCAUCCGGUUGAUCAUGAACUUGUAGCACGAAUGCUUGGUCCACGUGUUUCAGUAUCACCAAUUGUAACAAUUGAACCACGUCGACGUAAAUUUCAUAAACCAAUCACUUUAACUAUACCCUUACCAAAGACAGCUAUUUCAUCAUCUGGUGGUGCUAUGAAAUCUCGUUCAACAAUUGAUUCACCUAGUCUUCGUUUAUUGUGUUCAAUUACUGGUGGUACAUCUCCAGCUGUCUGGGAGGAUAUUACUGGUAGUUCUCCAUUAUCAGCUCACGAUACUUCUGUGUCAUUUACGUCUACGGUAUCUGCAAGAUUGUGGCUUGUCGACUGUCCUAAUAUUACUGAAGUUGUUGAAUUAGCUAGUCGUGUCUAUCAUGAAUCAUUGGCAGUGCCUUAUAUUGGACAAUUUAUAGUGUAUGCGCGUAGAUUUCACUCUGAAGAAGCACAGCUACGUUGUCUAUGCCUUACUGAUGAUUCUUCAGAGAAAACACUUGAACUCCAAGAAGGAUUUCAACGAAUUGCUACAGGACCGUGUAUUGAAGUUCUUGAUGAUCAUCCACACUGGAUUGAAACAGCUGGGAACUUAGUCCCUGUCGCUAAAACUGAAGAACAACUGCAAUUGGGGAUGCAUGCUUUCCGUGAAAAUCGUUUAAACAUGAUUGUACGCGUUAAAGACACAUCACAACCAGCUGUUGGGAAAUUGGCAUUUAUGCGGCAUCCUCGAGCCGUACUCCAAGCUGCUGGGUCACCUAUAAAACCGGCAACUGUUUUAGAAGCUCGGUUGCCCGAUGAAAUGACCAAUUAUCUUCCAGGUGCUGUUUUGAAAACAACUGAUAUCGAUGACAUACCAUCAUAUGUUCCUGAAUAUAACGCACAAGAUGACUAUCAGCAUACCAUUCAUACUCAAUCUGUACCACAGAAGUGGACCAAUAAAGAAGAUCAGUACGAGGAACCAUUGGGUAAAUCAGAGCUUGAUCUGCGACAAGUUGCUUACUAUCUGAAAUCGGAUUGGAGAAUUUUAGCUCAAUUAUUGGGCUUAUCUGAAGAGGAUGAAUAUAACAUCACUUCCAUGCCUAAUCGCCCUGACGAAGAGUACGCUUAUACUAGUCUUCUACUAUGGCAAGAACGUAUUGGCAAUGAUCCAACCUCAGGUACACAACUUGCUGAAGCGUUACAAGCUAUUGGACGUAAAGAUGUAUUGGAAUAUUGUAUGACGAAUGUGUCACCUGUCAUCACAAAAGAUGAACGUGCUGCAGCUUUGCGUUCAUUGAAUGGGAUUUCUUCUGUUUCUCCAAAUCUAAGCAUAUAUCAUGAUAAACAACCCCAUUCUAAACAAGGAAAUGGUUUAAGCGAAUCAAUUGAUACGGGCUACGGUACACAGUCAGGUUCCACUACUCAGAUCACUACGACAAUGACAACGGCAUCAGCAACAAUACCAAUAAUGACAGAAGCCAUCUCAUCUAUGGUAUCUGAUUCAAACAACUCGAAUCUCCUACCUGAAGUUGAACAAGAAAUAAUACAACCGAUCACUGUUAAAACAGGUCGUGUAUCAUAUUCUAAAGAAAUGCUGGAAUCAAUGGAAAAUAAGUAUGACAAUCAAAGUGGAAAGUAUGAUGUUCUACAAAAAAUUGAAAGUGUCCUAUCAGACAGUCCAAGUUCAUCACUACUAGCUGAUGACAAAAAUCCCAUGUUUACUGACGUGAGUAUUGUUUUUUCGUUACUGCUUUUAAUACUAACUUUUCACAUUAUUGAUUAAUUAAUUGAGUACUAUUUUUCUACUGCAAACAUUUUCAUUUUUUGUAUUGUUAAUCAAACUAUCUUAGAUAGUUUGAAUGUGCAUAAUGCAGACGAAGGUUAUCUGUAUCAAGGCCGGAGGAGGAAAAUAGUGUUAGGUAAAGUAAAUAAAGAUAAUCCACGAUUUGGAAAAAUAUACGGAUAAUAA